ACUCAUUUUCGUUUACCUUGUUGCUGCGAGAGGUUGUGUGCUGUGCUCCAACGAAAUGAGUUAUAAACUAAAAGUUAUUGGAUUGUUAGAGCUGGAGGCGUUUCAAAAGCUCUACAAACAAAACUGGCCCAAAUACUGUCCCGAAUACUAUUGUAUCGAUAAUUUUAUAGAAUUUCUGAAGGCGGAUCCACAAAUCAAGAACUUACAACUCUUUACCUUAGAGGGAGAGCAGGCCAGAUAUGAUGCGCUCUUUGUUGUUGUGGAUCGCUAUCAGAUUUUUGUGGGAAGUUUAAACAACACGAAGGGACUUACGCAGCAGGCCCUCAAUUUACUGGAUUGGUCUUUUGGCUUCAAGUGCAGUUCCAUACCCUCCAGACACAUCGAAGCGUUGGAUGAUGUUGUUCGGUCAAAAGAAUUGUUUUUGGAGUUCCGUGAUGCCACUGAUUUGUUUUACAUGAAGGCAGAGGAUGCCCUGAUGCUAAAGGUUGAGCCUCCAGCAGGUUUCAUUUUUAAAUCAUUGAGUGAGGCAGAUGCUCCGUUGAUCAAUGAGGAAUGGCCCAACCAUCACUUGGGUUCUCUGUACUUCAUCCAAAGACAAAUUCGAAUGUGCGUGAAUGCUGGUCUAUAUACAGAGGAAACCCAGGAAUUGGUGGCCUGGUGCAUCAGGUUACAGGGCGGCUAUUUAGGCGCCCUGCAGGUGAAAGACUGCCACAAGCGACGCGGCUUCGGGAGCCUCGUAACCAGGGAGAUUUCACAUCGCUUAGCCACCCAGGGACACGAUGUGAUGGCCCUCGUAGGUCCCUCCAACAAGCCAUCCGCUGGGAUGUUCAGCAAGCUGGGCUUUCGGAUCAUCGACCAAUGCGUCUGGCUGAGAACGAAGCCCACGACUGGGGAGUUUACAUGGCCCGAUGGCGAGUAGUUACACUUGAUUA